AUGCCUUCACAUACUGACUCACCCAAGAUGAAAACCAAAACACUGGAUGCCGAAGACGGGGUUUAUGGAUCCUCGCUAACAAUAGACGUUCCAGGAGGCGGCCACGUCCCGUUAAGGUUUUACAUCAUCGCCCUGAUCCAAAUUGGCGGGCCCCGUCAACGUGCCUCUGCACCUUCCGUCCCUUUUGACGACACAAACGGCCAUUUGGCCCAAAGUCCAUCGCAGGACGCGCAUGCUUUGCCAAGAAACUCGGAAGACUUCUCUUGGAAAGGCCUGGAACCUGUGUCGACCCCGACAUCUGCUCAAAGCAGGUCGACGUCCGUGUGUGUCUUUGGGACCAUUGAUGAGAAAGCGUGGAUUCUGGAAACAGCCACCGUUCUUAGUGCCAAGUUCCUCCGUGACACCUUCGUGACACCUCCGCGUGACAACGCACGCUACCUUCUCUCGAAACAAUGGAGGGCCUACCAGGCAACUAGCAGAGCCCAUACGCGGACCCGCUUCAUCGUCGUAGAGCAACAAGGUCCGACGUACGGCUCCUCUUACGAUAAGCAACGGCACGAAAAGGGUGAACCUGAAGACUCACCCCAUGGCUGGAAACCUACCUUUUGGAGGGUCGUCGAGGGCAGCGCGACGGCCUUUGGCUCCAUCGCGGUCCUCGGUCUGGCUGGCUACUCCUAUCACGCCUACUACAAGGACCUUGUCCUGCGAAAGAUGGACAAUGCUUUUGGCGUUGGCUUCUCGACACCAGAGCUGACAGCUCUAGGACGCCACGUGGCUCCUCAUAAGCUCCAUACUAUUGAUGACUUCACGGGCUUGGAGGGUGAGAACGAAUGGAUCCCUCGGGCUGAGCAGGAACACAUUGACGGCAUCAUUGACGGGACCAUCCGAGGUCAGUAUCACUUAAUCACGGGAGAGAAGGGUACGGGGAAGAGCUCAAUGAUCCUCAAGGCGAUGCGCAGGGUCAACGGCUCGGGGAUCGCCAUGCUCGAAGCCCAUAGCGAUCUCGAAGUCUUCCGUCUCCGCCUGGGCAAAGCUCUCGACUUUGAGUUCCACGAGGACUAUAUCGGAAGCUUGUUCAGCUUCAAGGGCCCUCGCGAUUCAACCGCCAUCCUGGACAUUGAAAGGGCCUUCAACAAGAUGGAAAAAGUGGCUCUGAUGCGGCAGAGACACAUCCGGAAGCCGCUCGUCUUGAUCAUCAAUCGCGUCCACGUACUCCGAGACGACGACGACGGACGCGAGCUGCUGGAGUUGAUCCAACAGCGGGCGGAGAUGUGGGCGGCAAGUCGCCUCGUCACUGUGGUGUUCACCAGCGACGACCACAGUACCACUGAGCACCUCAAAUGGCAGGCCACGCGGAUAUCCGUGACAGACGUCCGCGAUGUGCCCCGCGAUCCUGCUGUUGAAGCACUUCACGAAUUCCGGCAAAAGGUCUUCAAGGAGGAUGUGUCCAGCGAUAUCUUGAACCAAGUCUACAAGUUGGUUGGCGGGCGCGUCAGGUUCCUUGACCACGUUGCGAGAUCAAAAGACAUGCUCGCAGCCUGUAAGUUCAUUUGUGACAGGGAAAAACGCUGGCUCCUAGGCCAGUGCUGGAUGUUGGGCGCCGACAUGGAUCCCGAUGCCGAGGAUCAACAAGACCACGCCACCACGGCGUUCUUACUGGCCAAGGCGUUGAUUGAGAAGGAGAAGGACAUGAAGCCAGAAGAGCUCCUGGCCGGAAAGCUGCCGGAGAUGCCUCUCCACGAGGCAAGACAUCUCAUGACGAGAUUCGACUUUAUCCAGAAGCAUGACCACUUCAACAUCUUCUCAAUCGAUUCCAAUUCCAUGGUUCGGGCGGACUCUGUGCCGAUGCACAACGCCUUCAAGGAGAUAUGCGCGCAGGAAGGAUUCGAUGAGCUUCUUGAAGCCAGCUUAGAGAGACUCGAUGAGUUGGAGGGUCUUCAGAGGACAAGAGAGAUUGUGAUGAAGGAUUUGGCGAAUGAGGGCCAGUUCCAGGCAAUGGUUCGCCAGGUCAAAGCGGGAGGAGAUGGCUUGACGGUCACCGUCAAGGCUGCAUCAACCAAAGACCACCUGGUCUUACUGAGCCGCCGGAACCUCGCUUCCAACAGGCUCGAGCCUGUGAAGGACAUGAUGUUUGUGUUUCCUCUUGCCAAGGGUCUCGAAAAUUCGAUCGGGCAUCGGAGAAAUCAAGCAGGACAAACCACGCGGGGGUUGGAAGCCGGAAGCGGGAAAGUCAACGGCGGCCGAGACCGGGCCGUGUGGGAAGUGGAUCAUUUAGGGUUUCUAUUCAUCGGAGGUCAAAGCAAACAUGUGUUAAGAGGGGCCCGGCGUUUCGGAGAGAUGAGGUGCAACGACGUUGACGAAAGGAAUGCGAGCCAGAAGUUUGGAUGCCGGGAGGGGAGUGUAGUAGAACACUGGAACUUUCCCUGCCUGCUUCGGAUAGGGAACCCGGCAAUUGAACAAUGCACCCCGGAUUCUGGAAUGACGCUGCCAUGCGACGGGAGUCUAUCCAAAUGGUCCAUGGAGGAGCGAGCGAUCAUGACUUUACGCUACCUUGGUCUGAGCUGGAGUGCAUGA